AUGAUUUUUUGUUUGCAGUGGCUGGGAAGUUCAAAUUCAGGAGGUCGUGACGACUACGAGACAGAAGCGAUUUUGCUCGACAGCUGCGCAAGCGUUUUGCAGCCGUCUUAUCUUGAAAGCGUUUAUCAAGCUUCCAUGGCUUCCACUUCCACUGCAUCCGAAUUUUACAACGUUGACAUUAAUGACACCCGUUUGUGUGUUUUGAAGCGCUAUCAGAAUUUAAGGAUUAUCGGAUCUGGUGCACAAGGCGUAGUAUGUGCUGCACAUGAUACUCUUCGUGAUGAGCAAGUCGCUAUUAAGAAGCUAAGUCGUCCGUUCCAAAAUGUGACGCAUGCUAAACGUGCUUACAGAGAGUUUAAAUUGAUGAAUCUUGUUAACCAUAAAAAUAUAAUUGGAUUGUUGAAUGCGUUUACACCUCAGAAAACACUUGAUGAAUUUUCCGAUUUGUACAUAGUAAUGGAACUUAUGGAUGCUAAUUUAUGUCAAGUAAUACAAAUGGAUUUGGAUCAUGAAAGGAUGUCCUAUUUGUUAUAUCAAAUGUUAUGUGGUAUCAGACACUUGCAUGCUGCGGGUAUCAUACAUCGGGAUCUCAAACCGAGCAACAUUGUUGUUAAAAGUGAUUGUAGUUUGAAAAUAUUGGAUUUUGGUUUAGCACGAAGUGCCGGUGAUUCAUUUAUGAUGACGCCAUAUGUUGUAACACGUUACUAUCGUGCACCUGAAGUUAUAUUAGGAAUGGGGUACAAAGAUAAUGUUGAUGUUUGGUCAACGGGCUGUAUAUUUGGCGAAAUGAUUCGUGGUAGUGUAUUGUUUCCGGGCAAUGAUCAUAUUGACCAAUGGACCAAAAUUGUUGAGCAGCUUGGUACUCCUUCACUGAUGUUCAUGCGUCGCUUGCAGUCAACUGUCCGAAAUUAUGUGGAAAAUCGUCCCCAUUUCCCUGGUUUUCCAUUCGAUAAGCUGUUCCCGGAUGAAUUAUUUCCAGCUCUCAGCAGUUCUGAUUCACGACUUACUGCAGCACAAGCACGCGAUUUGCUGUCAAAAAUGCUGGUGAUUGAUCCGGAAAAGCGCAUAUCAGUAGAUGAGGCUCUGAAACAUCCGUAUGUUUAUGUAUGGUUUGACGAAGCUGAAGUUUACGCUCCACCACCGGAACAGUACAAUCACAGUAUUGACUCGAGAGAUCAUACAGUUGAACAGUGGAAGGAACUAAUAUUCAAAGAAAUCAUGCAGUACGAGCAAACUCAUGACGAAUAUGGAGUAAAGAAAUCGUUGAAUUGUACAUCGGGUGCUGUACCGUCGUCUUCAUCAUCAUUUCAGAACAAUGAACAUGGUGAUUGCUCAACAACCGGAAAUACUUUAGUUACAAAUGGCUUGUAA